GGCCUGUAGAAGCAUGUUUUUUUAACAGGCUCUGCCCUCAUUCGGAGCUGCUGCUGGAGACGAACAGAUUCGCAAUUAAUAUUUUCACAUUUUGGAGAGCUGGGGGCCAAAGAGGGCAAGAAAGGGAGGUUAUUUUCCAAAAUUCGCUUUGGUCUGAGACGGGGUUUUGUUCUGGGUGUUGCCACACUCAGAUAAUCUGUUGAAGACGACACAUCGUGCCAAUGUCACUGACCGGAUUAACGCAUGCGUUGUUUCCCAGACUUGUAAAUCAUUUGUGCUGGGCAUGUGUGCUUUUGAUCGUUGCUGCUGCGGGUUAUUCUGAAGAUACUGGAGUGUUGAAGUGACGGGUUUCGGUUGUUACAGGCUAACAAGGAGCGAAAAGGGCCUGGUGGUGCUCUGGAACAGUGUGGGCUCUGAGUCGGAGGCCUCCAGCGUGUUGAGACAGGGACCUCAGUUGGAGUAUGGGCCGGCCAACAGCCUGGCUCCUGGGUGGGCUAUUCGGUUUGAUGUGGGUAAUACCGGUUUUGAUGACACCGACAACAUUGGCCCAGUGCACGUCGUUGAAGACGUUGGGAACAAAACUCACCGACAGAAGACGUAACUUUAAGCACAAUUUCCCCAUUAAUUACACCAUCAGAGUUCACUAUGAAGAGGUCUUCAAACUCUGCAACAUCAGCAGGCUGAGGGCGAGGGUGGUGGAUCUGGAGGAGGGGGACCUGCAGGAUGUGUGGCUGUUGGUCAACCAGGAGGUGUUGAAGAGGAUCUUGAGGGUCCUGCCAGAGAGACAUCCCUCCUACAAGUACACCUCCGAUCUGGAAGAUCUCUUCAGGAAGAUCCAGCAGGUGUUCCCACCACAGAGUGAUGAGAGAGAGCCCCCAGAGCGAAUAGAGGAGAUCUACAAUCGAGUGAAGGAGCCCAACUCAAAAGGGUGGAGGUUCGUGACCCCCAAAUCCCUGUUGGAUAACUGCUAUAGGACAAUGCACUGUCUCUUCAAAAACUGCUUUCCCAGUGAAGAUGGAGAGCAAGAGUAUUGUAGCACUCUUCACUGGCGGAAGGGCAGAAAGAGACAACUACAGGAAACCUGAGGAGGACGCUAUUUCCAAACACUGCAAAUAUACACUGAGUGUAAAAAACAUUAAGUACACCUUUUUAAUAUUUAGUUGCACCCCACCCAUUUUUGCC